AUGUCCUACAACCCCUACAACCAAGGGCCGGGCGCUGAAGCCGGGCACGGAUACGGGCAGCCGGAACAACAUGAAAUGCACUCGUACCCGCAACAAUCAUACGGCUCCCCUCAGCAGCAAUAUGGACAGGACUAUGGGCAGGGUCAGUACGGAACUCACCCCGAACAACAGCAAUAUGGAUCGCCACAACCACAACAAUACGGCUCGCCUCAGCCGAAUCAGCAACAAGAUGGGGCGCCAUUCCUUUCGCAAAAUGAAUUUCUACAACGCGUCUCAGCCAUUCGUCAGGAGAUCAAGGGUCUGACAACCAGUAUCGGGAACAUUGCGACGCUGCACCAACAGACGCUCGCGAGCAGCGACAAUGGCCCGCGACAGCAGCUGGACGACCUCGUCGCCGCGACCCAACUCAAGAACACGUCAAUCCGCUCGCAGAUCCAACAGCUCAAGUCAGACACGGAGCGCACCACCGACGGCACGUUCAACCUUAAGAAGCGCCAGUUCGAGACUAUCAAUGGCGAGUUCAAGGACACUAUCCAGCGUUUUCUGCAGGAAGAACAACAGUACCGCGAGCGCAACCGUGAGCAGAUUGCUCGCCACUAUCGUAUCAUGAACGCGGAUGCCACAGAAGAGGAAGUGCAACAGGCUGUUGAAGCCGACUGGGGUGAUGAGGGCAUCUUCCAGGCCGCUUUGCGGACCAACCGUACGGGCCACGCCACCACGGUGCUCGGAAAUGUACGCGCGCGACACAACGACAUGGUCAAGAUUGAAAAGUCCAUCAUUGAGUUGCUUGAAUUGCUCGAGAUCCUCAACCAGCAGAUUGUGCAACAGGGUCAGGUCAUCCAACAAAUUAGCGACAAUGCCGAGCAAGCUACAACCCAACUUGGUAAGGCCAACGUGAAAAUUGAACAGGGCGUUAAAAGCUCCCGCAACCGCCGCAAGCUCAAGUGGUGGUGCCUGCUUGUCUCCGUGCUCAUUGUCAUCGCCAUUGCUCUUGGUGUUGGCCUUGCCCUGGGGCUCCCGAAGGUGGCAACUGCCGGCUCGGGGAACAACAACAACAACCAAUAA